CAGAGCUUUAAACCCGUGACGUCACGGGCCGCGGCUGCUCCAAGCUUCGGGGACCUGGAGGGGAUUCCAAACUGCAGCGAGAGCGGGCGGCGGGGACGGAGGUGUAGUGACAUGCUGUGGACCGCGCACACAUCCAGUUUCCGGGUAUGACAUCACAUAGAAGAGAAUGACGUCUGAGGUGGAGGAAGAGAUCCGGCUCCUUGGUGGAGGGGUGUCUGAACCAUUGGUCAUUCAGAACCUUCUGGAACGAUUGCGGGAACUUGAGACUGAAAACACUGCUCUUGCUCAAGCCAAUGAAACCCAACGGGAAACUUAUGAACGUUGCCUUGAUGAGGUUGCAAACCAUGUUGUUCAGGCACUUUUAAAUCAAAAGGAUCUUCGGGAGGAAUGUAUUAAACUGAAAAAAAGGGUGUUUGACCUUGAGCGUCAGAACAGAGCAUUGAGUGACCUCUUUCACCAGAAGUUGCAGCGCUCCUCGGGAUCAUCCCCUGAGUUGCACCCUUUGCAGGUUCUAUCUGACUCCCAGGGAGCUGACCGUGACAGGAUAUCAGUCUCCCUUCCACUGGGACAAUGUGGAGUGCAGAGAGAGGAAAAACAACGUUCUGGUCGGUCCCAACCAUCAUGUCGCUCAGUAGAUGCUAUGUCACCAUUCCUCAGGAAAAAGGCUCAAAUCUUAGAAGUCCUACGGAGGCUAGAGGCCACAGGAUCUCAGAGUGGAUCAUCCUGCACUACACCGCCAAUGUAUCUUGGGGGGAUAUCAUCAGCUAAUGGGAAUGGAUUGCGUGUGAGACCAGACCAAGGCUUGGAUUAUGUGAAUGGUGAAGGCUUAACUUCUUCAGAACAUGGAGGAGAUGAACCUUGGGCGUCUUGUUUGCUUUUGGCUCAGAACGGUUGGGAGGAAUUGCUUAAGUGGAAGCCUGUACAACGGGAGCCACCAGCAGGCAGCCCUGGAGAAGGAGGAGGGGAACACCUUGGUUUGGCAUCAGGAGAAGAUGCACAGCAAUCAUUGCGGCAAGCUGAGGGAAGUUCUUCAUCUUCAGAUGAUGACAUUGGAGAUCCACCUCCUCCUUGCAAUGAAAUUAGGCAAAGACUGCCAUUAACAGACUUGACUAAGGGUUUAGCGCCAUGUAUGUGCUCCCGUGGAGCAGUAGAUAAAAGGGGCCCUAUUGAGGGCUAUUCAGAUGGAACUGGCUAUUCUAGGGGCCACACUGGGCAUCUUCAUUCAUUAACUUGUUACAGCAGAAGCCUUCGUGACAUGGCAGAAAGUCAGCAUGUGCCAGUGACACCACCAGCAGUUACAGAGAGAGGGGAUUCCUUGUCGUCUUCACCAGGAAAGCAAUCAGUUUCUGAGAAUGCUUCUGAUGGACCUUCCUCUUCUUGUCCUCCUUCUCCUGAGGCCGCUGUCAGUUUGCCAAGGGAUGGAACUAUUUUUUCCCACAAAAAUGCAGUCCAGGAGCAACAAGAUGAUUGUCCUCAGCCCUCGAUGGUGGUUUCUAAUCCCACUUGUCCUGACCCACAAGAUGCACUUAUUCCUUCCUCUGAGCCCCGGACCCCUCAUAUUCCUUCUCCAGCUAAGUUUCUCAAGUUUUUGAAACUGCCAGGCUCAGGGGAUAAAUUACAGAAUCCAAACUCUCUGAGGCUUAGUCCUCAACUUACUCAAACCUCCAAAAUUCCUUGUAGGAGCAAUAAUUAUGAGGCAUUUCCCUCACCACGCCUUAGUCGAAAGGCAAAUGAAGAAUUAUCUGGUCCAGAAACUGAUAAUAAUCCACCUUCUCCAUCUGAGUUGAAUAAUUCUGAUGCCAAUAGGCAAGGACAAACAGAAAGGUCAAACAAUUUAAUAAAUAGGCCUGGAAUACAGUGUUACACCAAAAAGUCACAUGAUUAUGAAAAUGUUCCUGCUAAAAAUACUGUGCUUCCCACUGCGAACCAAACUGAGGAUUUGGAUCUGUCUCCCAAACUAAUUGGGGAAGUAUGCUCCUCCAAUUGUUCCCCUGGGCCUUGUGUUCGUUCCCAAGCAAAUUCUUCCGAUGACCAUAAUGGUCAGAUAAACACACAAUUUAUAAGAAAGCAUGUAACUUCCAGGAAACCAACCGAAUCUGCUGGACCUCUCCCAUUUAAAGAAAGAAUUGGAAAGCCAAGAAGCUCUGACAGCCAACAGUCAGAACUUACUGUUGCAGUGACUGAUGAAAACAGGGUUAUACCAGAUGGCCCUGAUAUUCGUCCUAUGAAAAGAUCCUUGGGUGUGAGCAGUUUAAGGACUCCUGAGCCUGGAUCUACUGAGAGUUAUCCACCAAGGUACCAUGGGCAAAAAUCUGAUUCUGCUCGGAGUCGACAGACAGUUUCUAAUUGUCAACCAGGCUCACCUCAUGGUCCACGUAAUCAAUCUCGUGCACCACCUGUCCCAAGCAAGUCUCCACGUAGCCCUCAUGGAAGCCCAACAAAGCUACCCGCUAAGUCCCCAAGUAAGGCAACAGCCAAGCCUCUUGUAUCUCGACCCCUAAGUGAAGAGUUGAGACCAAGUCCCAGACAACCCACUCUUCCAAAUGAUGAGAAACAAAGGAUGCAAUCCUCUGGUGCAGGCAAAAAAAGUAGCACCUGCCCAGACUAUGCAUGUCCCCGAAGUCCAGGCUCGCAGGGCACAGAAAAUCUUCCACUGAGUGUUCUGCACUCUGCCAUUGAAGAAAAGGUUAUGAAGGGCAUUAAAGAAAACAUGUUAAGGUUGCAGGAACAGCACCGUGCACCUGCUCCUGAUCCUAAGCAACGUAAUUCCAGUGGUAUUGCAAGCUGGUUUGGCUUAAAGAAAAGCAAACUACCUGCUCUUAGUCGUAGGCCUGAGGCAACCCGUGUCAAAGAUGAGAAGAGGGAGAGAGCUGCGAGCAGCUCUCCUCGUACAAGGGAUACAAAGGGUGAGAGUCUGAAUAUUUCCAUGUUGAUGGAAAAAGCUGAGGAUCUACGAAAAGCACUUCAGGAGGAGAGAGCUUACAUCAAUGGUCUAUCUCUUGACAAGAAUUGCACAGCUAUAUCUAUAGAUCAGACACUAGAAACUUCAAGAUCCUUGACAGCUGACCAUUUUAUGCAACAGCUCUUGAAUCGGGUGGAUGGAAAGGAAGUUCCUGCUGAAGGACGUGUAGAAGGGAAGGCCCCACUCCGAGACUUUCCCAGAUUGUCACCAGAGAACAAGGAACAGCGUCCAUUUCGUUCACCAAGAAAUGGGAUGGUGGCACAUGUGCAGCGAUGUGAGCAGAAGAGUGUGGAUCAGAACCAAGAGAUUGUUCUGCCUCCAGAUGAGCGGAUUUCCGAAUCUAUUACUUCAGAGCACUUUGCAGCUUGUGAUUCACUCACUCGGACUCUGGACAGUGGUAUUGGGACAUUUCCUCCCCCGGACUACUGUGGAGGGACUCCUAACAAAAAUACUCCAAAGUUAAAACCUAGGCUAGACUCUCCUUCUGUCCUUCCAGUGGGAAGGUUUUCUGCCUUCCCCAAGGUACCCAGAAGAGCUAGGACCUUGGAAAGAGACUUGCGAGGUGUGGAGGAGAUGUUUCCAAGUGGACAGCACCAGAGUGUCCCAGCAUUCCAUGCACUGUUAGCAGAACCAGAACCGGCCAUAAGUCAUAGGAUGUAUGGAGAAGAUUCCAAUAGAGAGCGUAGUCUGCCCCAACAAGGAAAGAACUGGACCUUUCCCAAUUCCAAGGUCAGUGCUGGCUCUACAGAGAACUUCAGGAGUAGAGCACAUGAGCUGGAGGAGAUCCCAUCUGAAGGUGACAGAGACUGUGACAUGUCAGGGUACCCACAUUCCUCACUUUGCUUUCCGAGCAGUCGUACGCCCAGCACUUCUGAAGUUGGAGAUGAGGGUACAAGUGAAGCCAAAUCUCGAGAUAACGAACAGGGUCAGACUGGGCUGGAGAACUCUGAAUCCCUGAGUGAUUCCUUAUAUGACAGCCUGUCAUCCUGUGGUAGCCAAGGCUAAUAGAACAUUUACUCCAUCCUUUAUCCAUCAUGCUGCCUGACAUCUUUACAAGCUCCCUAAAAGUAGAUGGACAGUGUCGGCCGCUAUGUGGGUGCUAUUCCAUGUGGAGUCUUUGUCCUUUUUAUGACUUUGUUGGUUGCUCCCAUAGAAUGACCUUGUACUUCCCACAUGAGUCUCAAAAAUUCCAAGUAUUAGAAAUGUUCUAGAGUCUUGCUGCCUCUGACCUUACAGGUAAAGGUCAUGAAAUACUGCAGAACUGUUGCCUCGUUCUCUGCCUCAUUCUCUCCCAAGCUGUGGAGGGUUCUGAACUUGCUCUUUCUUUGAGUUGCUACCCCUUUUUGUAGAUCGCCAUUGUUCUCGUGUUCUUUCGGGUUUUUUUUGUGUCUUGUAUGGGCUGCCCCUUUACUAUGCAUCUAUACCACCAGCGGAUAUUAUGUCAUUCACUGCAGGAAGACUGGUGAAGGGGAAUUCACGGGUUACCAGAAUACCUCACAUCUGUGUCUCUCUGAUCAAUAUCCCAGCAAUGCAUUAAUGCACUGAUCCAGAAGCAGAAUACCAACUUUACUAUCUUUUAGCUUUUUAUCAGGGAGUAAGUUUGGAAAAAGUCCAUUUUAUUUUAGCUGCAUAUCUGGAAGUCUUUGUGAUAAUUAGGGAGUAUUGACUAGUUUGACUUGAUGUGACCUUUCCAUCCGUGGCCCCUGGUGUUAUCUUUUUUUUUUUUUUUUUCCCCUUUGUUUAAAUUUGUGCUGUUUUAUAUAAAUAUAUAUAUAUUUUUAUUUGUGUAAAAUGUUUAGUUUUUAUUUUAAAUUUUCCAAUGCGUUGUGUUUUCUUUCUUUGCUGUUCCUCUUAAGAUGGUGCUAACCAGGAAAAUAUUAUUUUGUCAGGUUUCUCCUCUGACUCCUAUUUCCUUUUUUUAAUUAUUUUAUACCAGUCUCAUUUUUUUUUUCUUUUAUUUAUAUAAGUUAUUGUGACAG